ACCAUGUUGUUUCAUAAUGGGAAGAGUUGUUAAUUGUGAAGAGUAGAAUAAUUAGUGUAAUUCGUGCAGUUCAAAUAUCUUGAAUACGAACGUUACUUUUAUUUAAGAAAUUUGCAUUAAUAUUGAAAUGACCUAUUUGACCCGUGUUCUAUGUGUAUCAUUAAAAAGAAUCACCGUCAAAGAAGAUAAGUGAAUUUCGUGCCGCAAAUAAGGUGAAGAUGAUCAAGUGAAGUUGGUUAAAGCACUUGCAUAUUUUAUCGACGUCGAUGGGAUUAUUAUGUAAAACAUGGGAAAUUAAUCUUGAUCAGUUUCUAUAAAUCGUGAACUGCUUUACAACAAUCUGCGACACGAUUCAUUUUUUUUAGCAAUUAUCGCCCAUCUUCUUAAACAACGGCAACAUAUUAUCAUACGAUGAUGAGUUUGUUUUAUUGCCAAUUUUGUACGUUGACAAGUAACAUGUUGUUGGUGGGCAGAUGGUGGUGAAGGAUUUGCAAUAUUGAACGUUGGUUACAGCAGCAAGUGGGAGUGUCCAGAGAAUAAUUGUUUUCUUCUGACGCGAGGAUCAAGAUUUGCCAGAUUGGAGAGAUAGUGUCGUUGAUAAGAAUUACAAUGAAGUUGUUCAAGACGAGGACAAUUGGUUUGAUGGCAAUGGGUUAUUUGUUCCUCCAACUGAUGAUGACGGUGAUGGGAGGGGUUGUGGAUACCAAAUCUUUAAAUGGAGCACAAUCAACCCAAGUAGAAGAAGUAGCGUUUCCUUUUACUUUGCCCAAAGAUGGAACUGAGCUUUCUGCGUUUCCUGAACCUCCGUGCGAUUGUAAUCGGGAUGAUGAAAGUGAGAUGGGUGGUUUUGUGCCGAGUGAAAAAUUCCCUUACGCAACAGCACCAGAUUCUACGACUAAUUUGGAACAAGGUUCUUACGGCAGUGAUUAUUUGAAUAAUAAUAAUUUGGAAAUAAUCCCAAUGACGAAUAAUGAGAAACCGGAUAAUGAAAGAUCAGGAAAAAUUAAAAACGAUGAGGAUGCCAACGUUAUAAAACAAGUCAUUUUUAUCGAACCUCCCGAAUACGUGUACAAUCAUAACAUCAAGGUUGCUCAAUCAAACGAGAAAAGGCCAAGGACCGUGAUAUACGUGUUUCCCCCGAUGGUCAGCCACGUCUAUAAUAUCAGCGAUCAAAGAAAUCUGUCGAAUUCGCAAGAAAAGCCACAAGUAUAUUAUUUAGGUGGUACUACACAUUUUGAUGGUGAGGAGAGUAAUCAAGGGGGAAAUGAAGGGAGGGAGAAAUUCGAAGCGAGGAAUGAAUACGUUGUGGAAAAUGAUGAUAAGAGUGAAAGUUUACAGGAAACCGGGGACGAUGCAAAAUUCGGAAAUUCAGAAUCCCAGAAUGAACAGACUGUUGAGUCCUCGUAUCUUCCAGUUGCCCAAAUAAAGAGAAAUUCAGAAAUAACGGAAGCAAGUCGUCAAAACUUUGCUAAAAGAAAACCAGAAAUUACAAUUCAACAUUCCGUCCGUUCCAUCAUUUCAAGGGUAGGUCACCCUGAAGAAAGCACCACCACCUCUACUACUCCACGUCUCACUACGACCAUAACCACAACCACACCCCCACCGAAAAAACAAUACAGACGAUUCGACUACUUUAGUAAAUCUGAUUAUGAAAACCUCAAGUCUAAAGGACAACUUUCCUUUAACUUUGUUCAAUAUCGGACAGGGCCAAUUCCGACACCACCACAACCAUCACCCCCACCCCCACCAUCUCCAUCCCUUAGGUCGCCAAAUUAUGAUAAUAAACCAUUUUCUAUCGUCUCAAAUUCAACAAAUCUUAACCAACUACAACUAACCACGGACCGACCAUUUAUUCCAUCUUCUCCUGAAAUUAUAGUUUCAAAGAGACCCACUGUUCGCCUAGAGUACGAAAGAAUUCAACAUUUUCCUCAACAAAGACAAGCUUUUCCUCUAAAUUCACAGUCCUUGAGUUUACCCCCACUUCCUUCCACGAACGAAUUUCGUCCUUCUGACCCAGACCAUCACCCACUGGAAUAUAGAACUAUUCAAUAUUUCCCAAAACCAGAACCAGAUCAGGAAACCGAGCACACGGACCAGAAUUAUGUAAUACAAGAGCAACAAAACCCAAUGUUCACCCGGUCACAUUUUCAGCAAGAGCUAGACAACCAGGCGUCAGGGUCUGAAAUGGAGCCAAAUUUAAGAAGUGAUUACCAAAUUAUUCCUGCGGUUUUUCGAAACUAUUUAUACGUCGGACCAACCGGUCCAGAGCAUGAGAAUAUUUAACACACAUUUUUAUCAUAAAACGUAAAGCGUAAAUUAUGUAACAGGGAAACUUGACGUUGUCGUAAAAAAUUCUUGACAUACUUUACGAAAUCAAUCUCAAUUUCUUGGAAUUGCCGUAUAAACAAAGUUUGUUCCAAUUUAAUAGACCAAUCUAAUCGGCUGCUCGUUAUAAAUUUUAAAUGGCUCAAUAAAUCGCCACUUAUUCAACAUGUGGCGUGGUCACUUAUGUACAUGGCCAAUAAUUUUUAUAGAAAGCAUGUUGCACGUACAGAGACAAAACCGUGAUGGAAUAAAAAUGUAUCACUCAAUCAAUAUGUCAAUGACAAUAAUAAAACAAAAUAAUGUUAUUUAAUUGGAGCGGAAUUGUCCAGUUGCCAAAAAUCUAUUUACUUAUACAUAAAUCCUAACAAAAUUAAAUAACACGAUACACACAUCAAAGAAUUAUCCGCUUAUCAAUUUAAGUGCAUUAUAAUAAGUUGUAGUCAAUAAUUAAAAUGUUUAAAUUGAAUCUACAUACAUAAUCUGUUGCAACGUGAUUUUUUUAUAAAAUAAACAGCUCGCAACACUUUCUGAAUAAUUCAUAUAUAUUUUUUUUACUUACUUGCUGUCAAAACUGUGGGAUUAUGUUACUUACUCUGAUUUUUGGUUAUUAACGCUAUGCAAACAAGUAAGUGGUGCCGCAAGCGAGGAAAUAAAUUUAUUUUCAAUUAGUCAAAUGACAUUAA